CAACCUUAGCCGCUCGCUCGAGGGCUGGCUCUUAGUUCCAAUUGGUGGAUUACACAUGAGGUUCAACUGUUAACCAAUCCUAGAGCAGGAUGCGGAUUUUGCCAGAAUACUGGUGCGGAAAAAUAAUGCAAACGAGGAACUCGAGAAAGAAGAUGGCUGCGAUAGGGGAAAGGGAUUGAGCUAUCACAGAUUUGAUGGUCGAGGACAGUCCUCGUACUGCAGAAGACGGAAAGAGAAAGCGAAUCGUAUUGGAGCGAAAGCAGUGGCGUUUCUGAUGUUGUCUUCCUCAUUCUUUAGGUGUUAUUCGGUCGAUAGUGAAUAGUAGAGCCGUUUGGAUGUAGCUAACUGCAGAGCCAGGACUAGCUAACAGUUAUUCCUUCAUUAAUAUUGGCACCUCCAACCAGCCUGGCUCCGAGGAAAGCAGCUUUAAUCAGGAAGAUAGUGUGAACAGGACCUGGGGAAGGCGUGUGAAGCUUUAACCAGAACUAUCAGGAGGAUUUUUACCACAUUUCUCUCUGUAUCACAGGAAAUAUGAAUCAUUAGCUUUCUAGGCUACACUGUGCUACAGGUAUGGAGUGGUGUCGGCUACAGACUGGAUGACAUUGCUGACCCUUCUCAGUCCCACAUUCUGACUGCCCUGUUACUGUGACAACCCUUGCUGAGGACACCAGCAGGACUCCGUUCUUUUUAGGCUCUCACCUCCCAUUCUCACUUGUGUACCUGUACACACUCCGUCUUUGGCUGUUUUGUGUUACUUGCUCCCUUCCUUCCCCUCUUUUCCUUUCCUCUCCUCUCCUCUCUUCUCCUCUCUUCUUUCCCCUUCCUUCUCCUUCUCUUCUUUUUCCUUCCUUCUCCUUCUCUUCCUACCCUCCCUUUCUCUCCUCUGAUCAUUCCCUCUGUUUGAAAGAGACCUACCUCAAGAAUUUUGACCUAGGCUUAGAAGCUAAGAUGAGCUGGCUGAGUCGUAUAACUCCCAGGGGUCCAGAUGGACGGAAUAGUCGCAACGUUGCCCCACCUAGCCCAUGCACAGCCGACCCCGAGACAUGCUUGAUGGUGUUUGAGAACCACUGGAGACAGGUGUCAUGGGUACUAGAGCAGAGGGACACUACGUCUGGGGGAGCAGAUGAUUUGACAGCAGUCAGGAAUCACACUGAUCAAAUGCUGUGUCUACUUGCAGAGGAAAGACCAGCAGGGGGCGACAGUGAUCCACAAGCAUUUGGCCCUAUUCUGAAGCUAGUGGUGUCUGAGAAGAUCUUGGAGCGACUGGUACAGUGGCAUGUGCGUCGUGGUCUGGACCCUGACAGUCAAACAGCUCUACUGAAACUGUUUGAAAUGCUAAUUAGCCAAUCCCAUCAGCCCUUGCUCCAGAACAGUGCCGUACUGCAGCCAUUACUCAUCCUGUUGGGAGCCUGUGUAGACCCUCACCUCGGCUGUCCCCCUAACCUGGAGGCCAGCCUUGUUAUGCUGCUCAAUCAGGUUUGUGUGUCCAUGGCAAGGCAGCCGGCUGUGUUGGAGCUGCUGUUCAAGUGUGGGACAAUACAGCAGGGUCCCACAAACCUGUUGAUCUUCUCUCUCCUGGUACCGUUUAUCCAUCGAGAUGGAGCUCUGGGACAGCAAGCUCGUGAUGCCUUGCUUUUGGUCAUGGCUACCUCAGCCAACAACCACGCUGUGGCCCGCUACAUCACAGAGAACUCCUACUUCUGUCCUGUUCUAGCAACAGGCCUGAGUGCACUCUAUUCCUCUCUGCCACGGAAGAUUGAGGUGCGCGGUGAUGACUGGCAUGCUCUCCGUAGGGAGGACUGGAUGGGCGUUUCCUCUCUGGUCCUGUUCAUGAACAGUCUAGAGUUCUGUAACGCCGUGGUACAGGUGGCACAUCCACUCGUCCGCUGCCAACUAAUUGACUACAUCCACAAUGGCUUCCUGGUACCAGUCAUGGGUCCUGCCUUGCACAAGUCAUCUGUUGAUGAAAUGAUAGCAAGUACGGCAUAUCUGGACCUUUUUCUACGCAGUAUCACCGAAAAGUCCCUCCUCAAGACCUUUCUUUGCUUCAUACUGCUGCAUCGCCAUGACAACGACACAAUCCUCGAUACACUGCUCACACGCAUCAGCAGCAACUCACGGCUGUGCAUGGUCUCUCUCAGUCUUUUUAAGACUUUGCUCUCCCUCAACUGUGAAGACCUCAUGCUCCAGCUCGUACUCAGGUAUUUGCUCCCUUGCACACAUGUGAUGCUGAGUCAAAGGCGUGCAAUCAGAGAGACUGACCUCUACGGCAAAUCAGCCGAUAGAUUCCUGUCCCUCAUCCCAGAAUGCUGCCAAAUCACCACAGCAGCCUGUAAUGAAAAGGAGGAGGAACCUGCAUUCUGGGGAAAGGUGUUGGGUAGCCCCACUUCAGAGUCUCCCAUUCAUGCCAAGCCUAGCACUCCAUCCCGCUUGGCUAUUUUCAUUCGGCAGCAAAACACAGGCAACCAGUCCUCCACUGCUGCCACUGACAACACUCCCUCCUCUCCUCGGGGCAGCAUUUCCACACCAUCUCCCAACAGCCCCAUGCAUCAACCUCCAGAGGCUUCAGAAACUGAGUCUGGGUAUCUGGAGUACCUCAGAGAUGCACGACGGGGGAUUGAGCUCUGUUCGUGGGCCUGUCGGGACUGGUCAGCUCCUUAUGAUGGAGAAAAUCCUUCCCCCAACUCGGCGCCACCUCCUCCACAGCCUCCCACAUCCAACCCAUCUCUCAAUAUGGUGCCUGAACACUUUUCCAUUCAGCCAGAUGGGCUUAAAGACAUGCAGCAAAGGGCAGCGAUAGUGGCAGCAGCACGUGCAGAAUGGAGCAGCUCAGAUCGAAACAGUGGAGAGUGGGAUGUAACAAUUAGUAAGAACUGCAUCAGUCUCACACCUCGCAGCAAGAAACGCAGUCUGUUGCCCAAUUCUGUCUCUCUGCAGCCAUCGUCAUCAAUGUCCUCAUCAGCAGUUCCCCCAUUAGGGACAGGAGAACCUGCAGGUCAGCAACCCCACACACUUCCACAUAGAGCACUCUAUAAUGGCACUGGAACGUCAGAUGAGUGUGUGGAUAUGUCUGAUGGAGGGAUGGAGGUGAAGAAGGUAAAGAGAGAUGCAGAUGCUACUAGAGGAGUGGAAGAAUCAGGUGUGAAUGGAAGGGUGAGUAUUGUGUCUACAGAAUCCGGUCUUCCAUCACAGGGAGAAUAUAGUUCGGUGAAAAAACCAUCCCAGGUGCAAACUACUGUGCUUCCACAACCACAGACAAGCCCAACAGACUUGCAGUUCUCAUCUCAGGAAUGUAAGUCCAGCGAACGUCCGAGAGCUACUUCAGCCCUGAGCUCAGCUGAAGGUUUAAUCACCACAAGCUGUAGAAGCCCGGGGCUGGAAUCGGUUGAGAGCCUGAUCGAUGAACUGCUAGAGCAAGCACCAUCUGAGCCACUGUCUGAAGAAUCCAAUGGCCAGGGCAUCAGCAUUGAAGCAUUCCACCAAGAGCUAAGAGAACUAGAAGAGCGAGUAAAGGGAAGGAGAGUUCACAGACGAAGCACUGAUGACUUCAUUCAAGAUCCUUUAUCUAAUCCCCCUGAUCCAAAUCGGACAGACGAGGAGUGCCCUUUAUUAGAAACCGUGCAAGGAGCUGAAGAAUCAAAGCCUGAAUCUUCCACUCCAUCAAUGUUUAGCCCAGCACGAUCCAUUGGACAACCUCAAGCACAGCCAUACAUAGGUCCUUUUUUGACGGUGCUCUUUUCAAAGCUGGAGAAUAUGAUGCAGAACUCCUUGUAUGUAAACAUUCUGCUGACAGGCAUUGUGUUUCAGCUUGCUUGCUACCCUCAGCCUCUCCUCCGUUCCUUCCUUCUUAACACAAAUAUGGUGUUCCAGCCUAGUGUCAAGUCUCUAAUACAGGUGCUUGGAUCUGUAAAGAAUCGUAUUGAAGCGUUUGCUGCAGUGCACGAGGAAUUUCCAGCUAUGCUGAGGAAGGCUCGGCGCUUCCUUGUCACACGAGGCAAAAUAGACUGGACAGAUUCGCCCAUGGGAGUACCUCCUCUCCGCCGAUCAGACUCAAUGGUAAAGAGUCGUAAGCCAUCACUGGGCGAGUUGAUCCUGAGGCAUACUAACAGUCCAACACGAGCACGCCACGCAGCUCAGGCAGCUCUGGCGCAUGUGAGGGAUGGUGGCCAUUCUCUGCACAGCGCAUUGUUCCGUGGCGUGGUGACUGGAACUGGAGCUUCUAGUCUGGAAAAACAAGCAGAGGCACUGAGGGUGAAAAACACUGUUUAUUGUGCUGUCAUUUUCUCUGAGUUUCUCAAGGAGCUGGCAGCUUUGGCACAGGAGCAUGCAGUGGCCAUGCCCUUUCCACCCAGCCAGGGCACUGAGGAGUGACAGACACUGUGCCAAAUCUUUCCAUGGUUUUUAAAAGGAAAUAAAAAAACAAGCGUGUGAUAGGUGUAAUUACGUUUAUACAUUUUUUUUUUAACUGUACAGGAUAUGUAAGAGCUUAAUUGUUAAAGCUUUAGAACGUUGUCAAUAUAAAUCUUGUAUAUAUUCUAUAUAAAAUACGUGUAUAAUGUUUUUACACGUUAUGCUCAGAGCAACUUGUAUGCUUUAACAUGGCUGUACACAGGCACUCCCUAAAGCAAAUCUUUGGUGUUAUUUCACUACAUAUCAUUUUUUUAUGUAAGAGGCAUGCUGCUUUGAUCUUUUUAUAUCAUUAGGACUGUAUUGAAUAAUUCUAUAAAAAGAAUCUGCUAGAAAUAUGAACAAAGCUCAGUAAAACCUGCACAUUUCUGUUAUUUCUGUAGAAAUUUAAUAGGGAAUUGAUUUUCACAAUGUGGCUUGAUUGUCGAUAACCAUAAUAAGGUCCUUGCCAGCAGGCUGAACAGUUACUAUGUACAACCACUUUUAUCCAAACAAAGAGGAAAAUGACAACAUGCCAGUUCAUUCUUAGACCUACCUGUUAUGUUUCAGUAUAUUCAAGUCUUGUCUAAGUUGAAGUAGUUUUUAAAACAGGAUCGGUGUAAAUAGUUUAAAUCAUAUGUCUGUAAUUGAAUUAUUAUUUCUCUUUUUUAUAAAAAGGAAAAGAAAUCUCAUACAAAUUUCAGAACUAAUGUGGAGCACUGACUGGUCAGCUCUCAUGAAUUAUACAGUGUCCUACUCACCGAAACCUUGGGUGCAUUUGUUGUCUAUUAAGAACAGAGUAUUUGACACUGAGCAACCUACAAGCACCUACAAAAACAUAGUUUAUUUUAAAGCAGUCAAAAUGUAUAGAGAUUUUUAUAACCAUGAUUUUCUAUCAUUUUACCACACAAUUAAAAAACUCAUUCGCUAGCUAAUGCGGAGGAAGUCUUUGCCUACAUAAAGCACAUUUUAAUAUAAAUGAAUAUUUUCUUUAACGUAGUAACACAGGUCACUUGUUUAAUCACAGAAAGAAAUGUGUACAGCUUGGUACACUGUAUUAACAGGUUGCCAUGUUUCAUGAGUGAGGAGUUCUUAAAGAUUUGUAUGACGUAAUUGCUGGUUAUUUAAAUGGCGGGACAUGAAAAGGACAUAGCAAAUGAUGCAAAAUUGUGGCUUAUUAUAAUUUUGCUGCAUAAAAUAUUUAAUACCUCUUGAGCAUCACAUAUGAAAAAUAUAAAAUAUUGAAUAUUAACAUUUAAACCUGCUUGUAUAUGCCAGAUGGAAUUCCGAUAACUUAUAUAACAAAUGCAUCUAUUGUUUCAGUGACUAGAGAAAUUGUAGGGGGAAACUUUGAGGGUUGGCCAGUCAAGUAUGAUUUUAAAGAGUCUGUUCCUAGAUACAUGAUCACAGAGGUUCUUUUUGUCAAAUGAUGUGUUAUUCCAUGUAAAGUGGCUUGACUCUCCUCUAUGACUGGAGGUGGUCAUGAGAGACUGUGUGAAAUGGCACAGGAAAUUGACUGGAAGGAGAAUAACAACAACAGGAGGAGGAUAAUCGUAGCAACAGGAGAAUUAGAUUUUUGAAAAGGCACUGAUCUUUUACUGGCUCUUUAUGGUGCUCCAUUUAGUUUCUGAAUAAGUGGGCCAUUUAGUUUCCCUGGUGGCUGCUUUCAUAGAUGACGAGACUGUCAGGUUUUAGGCGAGUUCCAGCCUGUGCAGGGAAUGUGCCAAGUUCAGAGAAGCAGAAGCCAUCUCAGUGUUGCAGCAGGCAGUAAGUUCACUGUAUGUUUUAGUUGAAGUUUUCCCUAGGAGAGUUUAGUAUUCUUUGUGAAAGUACUGCAUGUACUGAUGUGAUGUGGGUUCUUUUUUCUUCUUUUUUGUCGUCCUUCCCCUUUGGUUAAAUAUGUACUGACUCUUUAUGCAGGCAAUUUAGCGAAACUCAAUUCCCUGAUUAUUUCCAGAUUAUUCACAGCCAUAGAGACAAUUUCACACUUUAUAUACACUUACUUUAAUGUUCUAUGUACAUGUUCUAAUCAUGUUUUACUGUUGCUCCAUUCAAUGAAAAAAGAGACGUUUUUUUAAGACCUGUAAAUUGAAUCACAUUUCUUUUUCAGUUGUUGUAUGUGUAUAUAAAAUUGCAGAAAACGCUGGUUAAAUUAAGAAGAUGGAUGAAAAUGUGGCAACUUGGACUCUUAUCCACUUAUCUAUCUGUCCAUCCAUUUGUCUCCACUUAUCCAUCUGCCCUAAUUGCCUAUUCAUUUCAAACAAGCUUUUCUUUGCUUAGACUUUGAAUUGGUCCACUGGAGUGUUUGCUUUGCAGAAAAGCAUUGAAUAGCUAAGCAUCAUUUCAGUCAAGAGAUCUUUUCAUCUUUCCAUAUGCUUACUUAAGCACCAAUGUCACAUUUUGUGUUUAAGGUGGUACCCAAAAGGUUUAAAUAUUCAUCUAAAAUUGUCCGAUUAAUGGUCCUUAAGCUUUUGUCUAGGGUUUCUGAAAUGUGUCUUUAUGCCAGGUUCUUUCCGAGUCGUCACUUAGAAGGUGCUCCAAAUUGUUGACAGGAGCUAAAAAAUUUUUUGAGUGAUGUUAUGCCUUUGGCUGUGGUUUGUGAAAGUAUGUAAGGCAUGUAAUUAAAGCAAAGGGGUGAAUAUUAAACCGCUGUUUUGGGAACAACAUCAGGGCCUAUGGUGCCAAGUUUUGCCUAGUAAACAGCUUACUUGGCCCCCUUUGGUGUUUUUACUGCUAUUUAGAUAUUUUUUUUUAAAAAGUAAAUGGGGCACUGUUGUGUACAUGCCCUGAAAAAGUGCCAGUUUUGUGUUUCAGCCUUAGGGUCAAUACAGACUACCACCAGGGCACAUGGUUCCAAGAGGUUAGACCUCUAGAUUAUAAUCAAUAUUUUAAAACUGGUUAAAAUGGAAAAACAAUGCUAGAGUAAUGGAACAUUUGACAAAGUAAUGGCUUGUUCUCAGUUGUUGGAUAUAGGAAUUGGGGAAAUUCAGUGAAAUCUACAAAGGAUUUUGUGAAGUCUACAAAGGAUUUUGAGGUUUAUUUUUGUUGUUUGUUGAAUAUUGUUGUUAAUUUCUUUCCUUUACUUCUCUUGGCUGCUUUUCUUUUUAUUGGUGAAGUGUUGUCAAUAUGUUUGCGGCUUGUUAUCUAUGCAAACCUGCUCCUGUUGCUCUUAGUUUAAAACAUUUCAGCUUUUGUGUACACAUGCACAGUAAUGCUUAAACUUGGGGAAAUUCACCAAACCCCCCUUCGUUUUCUUCUUAACAAUUCACAGAACUGUAUGGAAAACAAAUGUAAAAUGAUGAAUGUUGACAGAAAUAUUUUUCUAUAUAAAUCCUUAUGAGUAUAGCUGAUCUCAAUAGGGUAAGUCAAUGGUUACACUUUAAACUCUGUAAAUCACUAAAAGGGAAUGUUUUUUUUUAAAUUAAUUUAUAAAUGUUUUACUUAGCAAUA